GGUGUGACGGUAACUGUUUCUCUGUCUUUACGUAGAUAAAAAUAUAACUAAAAGCAUACUUGUCUGUUUUAUGCGUCCGACAUUCAAGGUAAUAAGUAAGUGGGGGUCGCCUCACUGGGUAAAAAGAACUGGGCCCACCGAGGGUGUUUCACCGUAGACGGGACACGGUGAAACAAUAACACUUAUUUACUUUUUCAAUUGCAUGUAAGCUUGGCUGUGUAAUAUUUUAUUGUUACGAUGAGGCUUCGUUUAUGAGAGCAGACGAUUUGACAUUACCUUUUUGGCUUAUCGGAUUUGUGCUUGGUUAACUAUUAAUCAUGCAGAUUUUGUUGUAGCUUGAGUGUCUCUUUAGUUCCUUGAUGACUUGCUGCUAGACGAGCCGCUUUCUAAGAUGAGCACCUUCGGAGAGGUCCUGAAGGAGGUCGGGGAGUUUGGUUUGUUUCAGAAAACCUUACUCGUUGCGUUAUGCAUACCCAGCAUUUUCCCUGCGUUCGAUGUGAGCAGCCAGGUUUUCACGGGAAUGAGCUUUCCACAUCGCUGUAACACUGACUGGAUCUUGGAGAGAGCCCCAAACCUGACAAAGGAGCAGCAAAGAAAUCUCACCAUCCCGGUGGAUAAGGAUGGACGGUUUGAAAAGUGUAAAAUGUUCACCCCUGUGGAUCUGGAUUGGGAAACGAUUGAAGCGUAUGGCCUUAACAGCACAACAGGAUGCAUCAGUGGCUGGGACUAUGAGGUCCAACCGGGUGUUUCCAACAUCUUAACCGAGUUUAAUCUGGUUUGUGACAAAAGUGGUUUCAUUGAGGCAUCGCAGUCCAUUUACAUGGCAGGUGUUCUUGUCGGAUCACUGGCGUUUGGUGCGAUUUCUGACAGGUUUGGCAGAAGAUUUGGGAUCCUUCUGUCAGCUGGCAUCCUGUUAUUGUGCGCAGUCAGCACAGCGUUCUCACCAAACAUCUACGUUUACAUGAUUCUCAAGUUUUUAAGUGGAACUGGUGUCGUUAUCAUGAACACAUUUGUGAUGGUGGUGGAAUGGACGGAUCCUUCAAAAACUGCCCUCUGCACGAUGUCCAUCAUGAGCUUCUUUUCAGUCGGGCAGAUGAUUUUGUCUGGGAUUGCUUAUUUGACCACAAACUGGAGGAUCCUGCAACUGGUGCUCUUCAGCCCUUUUGUCAUCGUCCUGUUGACCAUGUUCUGUUUUCUCCCAGAGUCAGCCCGGUGGCUCAUGUCUCAGGGAAUGAGGAAGAAGGCUCAUAAAGAGCUCCAGAGGGCUGCAAAAAUUAACAAAAGGAGUGUACCAGGAGAUCUGCUAGAUAAGAUCAACGUGGAGACUUCUCCCAGCAGAAAAAACAUGACGGAUAUUUUCCGAAUAUCCUACUUAAGAACACGCACUCUAAUCCUGGCCCUUAAUUGGUUUGGUGCAACUUUUCUAUUUUAUGGUCUGAGCCUAAACAUCGGAAAUUUUGGCCUAAACAUCUACCUCACCCAGCUCAUCUUUGGCUUCAUUGAAAUUCCUGCCAACCUGGCCGGCCUGACUCUCAUUCAGCGCUUUGGAAGGAGAUUGUGUCAAGCAGGCUUCCUCUUCUUUGGUGGGGUCUCUUGUUUGGUGGCCAUUGCUGUCCCCAAAGAUCUUCCAGUGGUCGUGACUGUCAUAGCGAUGUUGGGAAAGUUUGCUGCUACAGCUGCCUGCAGUACAGUCCAUGUAUAUACAGCUGAAUUAUACCCUACAGAUUUAAGGCAUAGCGGUGUAGGCUUCAAUUGCAUGUGUGCUCGUGUGGCCGGCAUACUCUCACCACUGGUCAGGAUCUUGGAGAUGUACCAUUACAGCGUCCCCAUGGUGGUUUACGGCAUCAUCCCAAUGGCUGCUGGGGGUUUGUGCUUGCUGCUGCCUGAAACACUCAAUGUUGAAUUUCAGGAGGUCACUGUGAUCAAAAUCCCAGAGAAUGGACAACUGGAGGACCAAUGUUGCAAUAAAGGCACUGAGAAGAAAUGAUAAUUUAGUUUUUUGUUUUUUUUUCAUCCAUCUUCCCACAAGCUUGGACCAGUUUCCCUGUUCCUACUGUCAAAAACUUCUCCUCAGCAUGAUGCUGCCAUCCCCAUUCAUCACUCUUGGAAUAAUGCCUGCAGGGGGAUGUGUUGUGUUAAUUUUCCUCCUGUUAUGGGAUUAUUAUUCUGAAGUCACCAUGGCCUGACGCCAACUCGGACUUGAGACACGAGAACGCACACAAAGCGCUGCACUUUAACUCCUCGGCUCUGCUGAUCACCAAGGCCAAAUGCUCUGGGGUUCUUUGCAGAUAAUGAACGUCCGGGAUAUUACUGUCUCUGUCUCGUCUGAUGCCAAGGCCACUGUCGGGUAUUAGGGGAGCUGAG